AUGGAGGAGCUCAUUAGCUGCUGCUGCUAUCUUCUUCUGCUAGCUCUGCCUUUACUCUCUCUCUUCAUCCUCCUCAAAAAAAGCUCUUCGCGAAAAAGCCCGAACCCGCCUCCAAGCCCUCGCGCUCUCCCCAUAAUCGGCCAUCUCCACCUCAUCAAGGACCCCCUCCACCUCUCUCUAGCUUCUCUCUCGUCCCGGCACGGCCCAAUUUUCUCCCUCCGCCUCGGCUGCAGAUCGUUCGUCGUCGUCUCCUCUCCAUCCGCCGUCGAGGAGUGCUUCACCAAAAACGACGUCGUCCUCUCCAACCGCCCCAGGACCAUGGCCGGAGACCGGGUGACGUACAACUACACCGCCUACGUGUGGGCGCCCUUCAAUCACGUCGCGAGGGCUGUCGCCGGGAAAUCGCUGGUUGAGGAAGGUGAAAUUGGGAGUGAAUCGGGGAAGGAGAAAGUGAAGCGGAUCCGUGGGACUUUCUCGCCGAGCUUGUCGGAGGGGAUUUGCGAUUAUUUCCCGAUUUUGAGGCGGGUCGGGUACAAGGGGCUCGAGAGGGAUCUGAUAUCGUUGCAAGGUAAGAGGGAAGAGUUUUUGCAAGGGUUGAUUGGUGAGGUUAAGGGCAAAAUUGACGGUGGUGGUAGACAGAAGAGCUGUUUGAUCGAGACCCUGCUGCGCCUGCAAGCAUCGGAGCCUGAAUUCUAUACAGACGACGUCGUCAAGAGCACUGUACAGAACCCGUCUUGA